GUGGCUACGACGACGACGACGGCGACGACGACGCCAGUCAAUGCCAGAGCGCGAAGCGGUCGCGUUGACAUCGGUAGCUGCUCUCCAAUAAUAAUUCCAAUACAAUAUUAUUCCGGCGACCAGACCAGCUAAUAUCGCCCAUGCUAAUUGCUGCGCUGUGAUACGCGAUUCGGUUCCGAGUUGACUACUACUACUGGGUCGGCCUGGGUUGUCUGGUUUGUCUGGGCUGUCUUUCUGCUCCAAGUUCGAUCGAUGAGACGCCAGCAAACAUCGGAAAUCAGUCAGUUCCAAAGUGAGUGCAAUCAAUCCCAAGUCUUCCACUUGGUAUGUGGAACCAGGCGAUCGCCGCCGUAACAAUAACAACACUAACUAAGGCAGCCAAACACGCGCCACAGGUGUGAGCAGGUGGAUCGCAAAAAAGAUCGCCGACACACCCUGGCAACACUCAUUUUGAUAAGGAGAUAAUUAAACUGUAAUACAUUUUCCCGAUUUGCCUUUCGUCGGGGUCGUCGCUUUUGCCGGUGUUAAUUAAGCCUUCACACACUUAAGUGUGCCACUUGAAAUGAACGUUCGGAACACAUAUAAGUAUAAACCUCUUAAGCGCUGCCUUAUCGCCAGCCGGAUUCGGCCAACGGAGUAGACAAAAGUAAAAAGUGAUCUCACAGAUAACGCCGUCGGGGAGCGGAAUCCGAUUCGGUAUCAGUAGUAUCAGAAGCAGUAGCAGUAGCAGUUUCCCAGACAACGUCGUCGUCCAAAUCCAAGUCCAAGUCGAAGUCGCAGUCCGCCGGCAGUUGCUAAAAAAGCAGCAGCAUAUUCAUAAAUAAUCGUUGGUCGCGGCCACAUCGGCGGAUCAACUCCACUCCACUGGCCAUUGAAAGGAAGUCGGUCUUGUGACUUCGUCGUGGUGCUGAUAAUUGAAUUUAAUGCACAAAUGAGCCCAAGGAAUUUGCUUUCAUAAAGUGACGAAUGCAAACCCACCGCUUGCAUUGUCUGCCAUCGCCAAGAAAUUUCACUUCCGAGUCGCACAUCACUCCCGCUUAAAGAUGAAGACGACCAGAAACGGAGGUCAGCUGCUCAUCGCUCCCUCGCCCACAGCCCGACUAAUGCCCCUGCGCACGUACUCCAAUGCCUCCUCCCUGGGUCACCACCAUGACAGAAGUCCUCUGCCGGACGGAGACGUGGAGGAAGGCGGUCUUGGCUACACCCACACCCUGAUGUAUGGUCGUUAUACCAAAGAUCUAGGAGAAUUUGCCAAGGAUGAAGCCAGAAAGCUCAAAAUACUCGAAAAGCGACGAAAGCAGGAAGAUAAACAAAGGAAUAAGGAACUGCUAGGCAAACACUCGAACCGGGCGAAGAAAGUGUCAUCAUGGAUCUGGAAGCACACGGUGGCCCGGCUGGGCGAGGAUUGGGUCUUCCUGGCGCUACUGGGCAUCAUCAUGGCGCUGCUCUCAUUCAUCAUGGACAAAGGCAUAUCCAUAUGUACAAACGCGCGAAUUUGGCUGUAUCGCGAUCUGACGUCACAGCCUUUUGUUCAGUACAUAGCAUGGGUCUCACUGCCGGUCUGUUUGAUAUUGUUCUCAGCCGGCUUUGUCCAUCUCAUCGCACCGCAAAGUAUAGGUUCCGGUAUACCCGAAAUGAAGACCAUACUGCGCGGCGUUCAAUUGAAAGAGUAUCUCACAUUUAAGACACUAGUGGCCAAGGUAAUUGGUUUAACGGCAACUCUGGGCAGCGGUAUGCCAUUAGGAAAGGAAGGUCCUUUCGUACAUAUAGCAAGUAUUGUAGCACAAUUAUUAAGUAAACUUGUCACAUCAUUCCAAGGCAUAUAUGAGAAUGAGUCGCGAAACUCUGAAAUGUUAGCGGCCGCCUGUGCCGUGGGUGUGGGCGCCUGUUUUGCAGCACCUGUGGGUGGUGUGCUCUUCAGCAUUGAGGUCACCACCACCUAUUUCGCGGUGCGCAACUACUGGCGUGGCUUCUUCGCGGCGGUUUGUGGCGCCACCGUCUUUCGACUGCUGGCCGUGUGGUUCCAAAAUGCCGACACCGUUCGAGCCCUCUUCCUCACGAACUUCACCACCGAGUUCCCCUUCGAUCCCCAGGAGCUCUUUGUCUUCGCCUUGAUUGGACUUGUCUGCGGCUUGGGUGGCGCCUCUUAUGUGUGGGUCCAUCGGCGGUACGUCCUGUUCAUGCGAUCCAACAAGCGGAUGAAUAAGUUUCUGCAGAAGAAUCGGUUUUUGUAUCCGGGAUUCCUGGCCCUGUUGGUCUCCAGCAUAUCGUUUCCCCUGGGCACUGGCCAGUUCCUGGCUGGCGAACUGAGCACCCACGAGCAGGUGACGCAGCUCUUCAGCAACUUCACGUGGUCACGGGAUGAUCUGACCGUGGAGCAGGCGGCGGUGGUGACCCAUUGGAUAACCAGCUACACCAGUGUGUUUGGAAACCUGGUCAUCUACACCCUCUUUACGUUUAUGUUCUCCAUAAUAGCCUCCACGAUACCAGUUCCGUCGGGCAUGUUUAUUCCGGUUUUCAAGAUCGGGGCUGGCUUCGGUCGGCUGGUGGGCGAGUUCAUGGCGGUGACAUUUCCCCAUGGCGUCCGCUACGGCGGCCGACUGUCGCCCAUCAUGCCCGGUGGCUAUGCCGUCGUCGGGGCGGCCGCCUUCUCCGGAUCCGUGACGCACACGGUGUCCGUGGCCGUGAUCAUUUUCGAGAUGACCGGCCAGAUCACGCAUGUGGUGCCCGUGAUGAUUGCCGUGCUGGUGGCCAAUGCCGUGGCGGCGUUGCUCCAACCGUCGAUAUACGACAGUAUUAUAUUGAUUAAGAAGCUGCCGUACCUGCCCGAUCUGCUGCCCUCCAGUUCCGGUAUGUACAGCAUAUUCGUGGAGGACUUUAUGGUGCGGGAUGUGAAGUACAUAUGGCACGGCAUCUCCUACCAGAAGCUCAAAGAAGUCCUCAAGCUGAACAAGACGCUGAGAUCGCUGCCACUGGUGGACAGUCCGGAUAACAUGAUCCUGCUGGGAUCCGUGCAGCGUUACGAGCUGAUCAAGAUGAUCGAGAAGCACAUUGGGCGCGAGAAGCGAAUGGAGGUGGCCCAGAAGUGGCAGAAGGAGGCCCAGGAGCGGGCGCUCGAGGAGGAGAAGAAAAAGCAGGAGGUGGAGCUGAAAAUGCGACGUCCAUCGCGGUUCGAGGUCCUACCGGCUCCGGAUAUUCUCAGUCUGCGACAAAUUGCAAACGAUGAAAUGCUGCCACCGAAGAAGCGGGCGGAAACGAUGCACGGUUCGCUGGCGCCAAGGAAGUCCAUUCUGAAGAAGACGAACUCCUUCAACCUGAAGACCUACGCCCAGCCCAUGGGCCACAGUCCCAGCAUCACGCCGUACACCACGAUCACCGGCAACUCCGAGUUCCGCAUCCGCUCGGCCUUCGAGGCCAUAUUCAAGAAGUCCACCACGCUCCAGGAUGUCCAGCCGGAUCCGGAAACGGGCUCCCUCUCCCCGGCCGCCAGCCACACUGAGGUGGAGGUGCCGCGCACUCCCAGCACUCCGGGCGUUUCCAAAAAGGUUCAGCUGUCUGCACAAAGUAAUUGGGAUUUUGUAACCGAUCAAAUUAUGCUGCAAGUAAACCCUAUUUCAACGGAAGCAACCACAUUGCCUGCCGAAAAGGAAAGCACGGAAAUAGCAAUAUCAAAUAGUGGGGAUAAUUCGAGCCCAUCACCGAGCAUUAAAUUUAAAACAAAUAAAGUUGGAGAUGUAAAUAGAUCUCCUCAAGAGCCAAAAAGGUGCUCGAAAAUAAGGUUUGCCAACGAAGUUGGAGUAAAAGAUUCGCCUACUCGAACUAAAAUAAAAAUCAAAGAAUCAAGUGAAAUUGGCUAUUCUAUAGAGGAUGUCGAUGAAGCAGCAGGUCCAGAAACGGAAGUUGAGAGCAUUCAAAAGACGAAAUCGGUGCAGUUGCCCAGGGAACGUGUAAUUGACAUGUCGCCGGAGGAUCAGAAGCAAUGGGAGCUCGAGGAGAUGAUGAAACCCAUCGAUCUCCAAAAGGCCAAUGUGCACAUCGAUCCCUCGCCGUUCCAGCUUGUGGAACGCACCUCCAUACUCAAGGUUCACUCGCUGUUCUCGAUGGUGGGCAUCAACCACGCCUAUGUCACCAAGAUCGGAAGGCUUGUGGGCGUUGUGGGACUGAAAGAAUUGCGCAAGGCCAUUGAGGAUAUCAACAGCAAUAGCUUUGUGCCCCCCACACGCGAUGAAGAUGCGGAGGACAAGCCGGCGGUUGAGAAGCCACUGCUGUCAACAAACACUAGCGAUAAGGCCGUGGACAUGACUGUGACCUCAAUGGACUCAGCACUAUCCAAUUCCGAGAACUGCUCGGACAUCGAAAUGGAGCACAUAAAGCACACGGAUAAGGGCACAGUUUCGCUCACCAUGCCGCCACAGGAAUCCAAUCAAAACCCAUCGGCGGACACAAAUAUCACAGAAAACGGCAAUCAUGCUUGAUACAAGAUGAUCGGCUAUCAGAAUAGUACAUACGAUACGUAUACGUAAUAUGUUUGUAAAGAUCAGCUAAACACCUAUCAUAAGUUACGUCUUACACGAGUUAGUCAUCAAUGUUAUUAUGUAUUUAUAUCUCGUUAGUUCAUAAUGUCAAAGAUAUCGUGAUUUAUAUAUAAGUUGAAAAGAAAAUCAAGUCACCAACAAA